UGUUCUGUUGAUAUCUUAAACCGAAGCUCUCCCCCCCCCCUUUCUAGUGGCUGUGGUUGUUUCAGUUUGGGUUGGAGCUGGGCUGAAGUUAUCCUGACAUUUCUGGGAGGAGAUCCAAAAAAGAGGUGGGGAGGAGGGAAAAGAGAGGUUGGGGAGGGAAGACUAGGAAGGGAGACCAAGGUGAGGAGAAACUCUUUCCUCAGUAUUACAUUUGUGCGUGUGUGUUUGAAUUUUGCCUGGAAAAUCUAUCAGCCUUGAUGCUUUGGGGCUCUCUGGAGAGAGACAAAGGAGCUGCACUCCAGGAAGGAGGAGGACGGAACUGAUGGGGUGGCUCAUGAAACUUUAAAAGUGAACAAGAACACAAGCAAUAGCAGCAGCAGUUCUAACUUCAGAGAAAUGUGUCUCUCUGGGGCUGCCUCCUGAAGAGAGAGAGAGAGGGAGAAGACAGAGUUGCAGCUAGAUGGAGAAAAGCAAGGACCCUUUAGAAAAAUCCCUUUCACUGCACCCGGCUUAGUGAAGAAGGUGAAAAGAGAAAGAAAGGGAGAGGAGGGGGAAAGGAGCCAUAGUGAACCAGACAUUCCCUGGAGUCUGUUUUAUACAGCAGAAAAAUUGCUGCCCUGCCUACAGCAGAUCUACAUGGCAAAACUCUCGGUCUAAAGGAAGGCUGAGAGAAUCACUUCUGGAAGAGGGAGUUUGCUGUAAGGUUGAUCCCACAAUGAACUGGGCACCAGUUGUGAGUUUAACUGUGUUGUGGGCUGCAUGGCUAGUGUGUGGUUUGGAAAAGCCAUUGAGGCAAGCUGAGAGAGGGAGGCACGGAGUUAGGAAAGUGCCUCUGGCCUACAGGGGCAGUAGCAGAUCAGCUUCACUGAUGAGGAGGUUUGAAGUGCCUCACAGACUUUUAAGCUCUUCUGGGAGGUUUCAACAACGCCCCCUUGUUAAAAGGGAUUCCUUGGAUCCAAAAGUCCCACAAGCAGCCUCCCUGAAAGAUGGCUCUCGUGUCCAAGUGAAGAAUGGUGGGACUAAAGUACAGUUGAUACAAAGAGCUAAGCUGGAAAUGGUUAAAGAUGAGGGACCAUCCACUGCAUAUCGAUCACGUAUAGUACGUUUCCCAACUGGAUCUAGUUCUCCCAAUAUUCUGGCUAGUUUUGCUGGAAAAAACAGAGUCUGGAUAAUCUCUGCUCCUCAUGCCUCUGAUGGUUACUACCGGCUCAUGAUGAGCCUCCUGAAGAAUGAUGUCUACUGUGAACUAGCCGAGAGGCAUGUCCAGCAGAUUGUCUUGUUCCAUGAGGAAGGUGAAGAGGCAGGGAAAGUCAGGAAGAUAACCACUGAAGGGAAAAUCCUGGAGCAGCCUCUAGAUCCCAGCCUCAUCUCCAAACUCAUGAACUUUCUGAAGCUAGAGAAAGGGAAAUUUGGCAUGGUGCUGCUGAAGAAGACAUUGCAAGUAGAGGAAAGAUACCCUUACCCAGUAAGGCUAGAGGCUAUAUAUGAAGUCAUUGACCAGAGCCCCAUCAGGAAAAUUGAGAAGAUACGGCAAAAGGGCUUCAUCCAGAAAUGCAAAGCAGCUGGAGUAGAGGGCCAGGUUGUUGAGGAAGGUAAUAAUGGUGGUGGAGUCACUAGGGCAACGCCAAGUGGUGAACGUACCCACUUGUUUCCCAGGAAAGAAGAAACAAGGAAAAGCAGCAUGCAGCCAACACGAGUUAAAACUGUGAAGAAAGUUUCAGUGACCACAAUGCCUCCCCCUUCCCCUCCAACUAGAGCUACCACUCUCCCUCCCACAACCACAACUCUCAGGCCAAUCACAAAAAUGAUGACAAUAGCAAGCAGGCCUAUAACCACCCCCACAACUAUCCCUAUUACACAGAGAACCUGGACCACAAAAUCACACACAUUACUUCCCACAGAGCCUGAGGCAACUACUGCUCUGGUAACAGAGAAUUUCUCCCCUGUAUGGAAAGAGAACCGCAGAGAAAGGCUUCCAGGCCACACACAGAGACAACCAACAACUACUAGGGGACCCAGCAAAGCCACUGAUUAUGACACCACCAACCUUGAGAUCCCAACAACCACCUCAGAGCAUUCCACAAGGACAAGUGCCAGUAGAUAUAGAGACAACCACACAGACCGGAAGGACUAUAACAGUCGGGAGCCCAGUGUCACAGCAGGUCUGCACAAGCCUGCUAAAAGCAAGCCACCUAAAAAGAAAGCCCAACACAAAAUACUGAGCAAUGAAUAUGAGGAUAAAUAUGACUCAGGGCAGCCUGCUGUUCCUCGCUUAGAGGAAAAUGUUCCAGUGGGAAAUAUCCCACCAAAGAAAGGGAAAGAUCCAAGGAAACACGAUCGCAUAGAUAAAUCUGAGAAGAAGAAGAAAGAAAGAUUGGACAAGAAAAAUGAGAAACAGGCCAAGAAGGACAAAGCUGAGAAGAAAAACAAGCAAGAGAAAGAGCGCAACAAGAAAAACAAGAAAGGCAGCAAAACUGACAGCGAAGGAGUCCUGAAGUCCAAAGCCAAGUCUUUCACACAAAGCCCCAAGAAAUCUGUGACAACCCUUUGGGAUUUCUUUGAAGGCAAAAGACGACUCCUGCUCAUCACAACUCCCAAGGCUGACAGCACCAUGUAUGUGCAACAGCGAGAUGAAUAUCUGGAGAGCUUUUGCAAAAUGGCAACUAGAAAGAUCUCUGUUAUCACCAUCUUUGGCACCUUGAAUAACAGUCGCAUGAAGAUCGACCACUUCCAGCUAGACAAUGAGAAGCCCAUGAAAGUGAUUGAGGACGAAGACCUGGUGGACCAACGCCUCAUCAAUGAGCUGAGGAGAGAAUAUGGAAUGACAUACAAUGAUUUCUUCAUGGUGCUGACAGACACUGAUAUGAGGGCCAAGCAAUACUAUGAAGUGCCCAUAGCAAUGAAGUCUGUGUUUGAUUUGAUUGACACCUUCCACUCACGUCUCAAAGAUAUGGAAAAGCAAAAACGUGAAGGCAUUGUCUGCAAAGAUGACAAGAAGCAGUCCUUGGAAAACUUUUUGUCCAGAUUCCGAUGGAGACGGAGGCUGCUAGUGAUAUCUGCUCCUAAUGAUGAAGACUGGGCAUAUUCCCAGCAGCUUGCAGCCCUCACAGGGCAAGCCUGCAAUUUUGGCCUGCGUCAUAUAACCAUCCUCAAGCUGUUAGGCCUGGGAGAAGAGAUUGGUGGAGUGCUGGAAUUGUAUCCAAUCAAUGGGAGUUCCAGUGUGGAUAGAGAAGAUCUCCCUGCUCAUUUGGUGAAAGACAUCCGCAAUUAUUUCCAGAUCAGCCCUGAAUAUUUCUCUAUGCUUCUGGUUGGAAAAGAUGGGAAUGUUAAAUCCUGGUAUCCUUCCCCCAUGUGGUCCAUGGUGAUUGUGUAUGAUUUGAUUGACUCUAUGCAGCUUCGACGACAGGAGAUGGCCAUUCAGCAGUCACUUGGCAUGCGAUGCCCAGAAGAUGAAUAUGCAGGUUAUGGAUACCACGGUUAUCAUCAAGGGUAUCAGGAAGGUUACCAAGAUGAUUACCGCCACCAUGAAAGUUACCACCAUGGAUACCCCUAUUGACACUAGGAAUUUAACCUUUGUCUGCACCCUGCUUGCAUCUUAAUAGCCAUUCAAACCACAAGUGGCCAGAUGUGGAAAUCAUUUUAUGGUUGCCUGACCAGGUUGCUUUCUUCCUGUAUUCAGUCAAGGGACUACAUAAGUAUUGGACUUUGGCCUUCCCUAUAACACGCAUGCCCAUGAAAUGAAAUAGGUCAAACCAGUAUCACUGAUGCGUUAUGGAAUAAAGACUCCUUUAUAUUUUGGAGCCCUUCUAAUUUGACAGUAUUAGCUAGUGCUAUGUAUGUAUAGAAACACCCCACACCAAUGAUGGACAUUGUAUUGUAGGCAGGAUAUAAACUGUAAAAUAGUCAUUAACACUCACAUAGCUCCCCCACCACCACCCCUGCAUCUCAAGAGGAAAAAUAUUUAUUAGAAAAUAUUGUGAAUUUUUGCUGAAGAGAAAUCAUAUUACAUACUGCUGAAAAGAGAUCCUUUUAGAAAAAUUAAUGUUAAAGGAUUUUUUUUAAAAAAAAUGCUUUGACUAGAACUAUUUCUUCCAUAACAUGACAGCUCCAUAAUUUAAUGGUUUCAUCUACUAUGGAAAACUGAGAUUGCUAAAGGUUUGAAAUAAUACAGUGGAAGUUUCUUUGUGCAAGGAAUAUUGCUGCUUUUGCUGUAGCUCUCCUCUUGCAAGUGUUUUUCUCCCUCUGAAGGUGGGAGACAUUCAGCUCAGGGAAGGUCCUGCUUGUGAGAGUAUGUAGGUGAGCGUAACAACACUAUCAAAGAAGGACACCCCCUAGUCAUCUUCCUGCCUUGAUAUGGAAAGGUAGGGUUUUCUCAGAGAGCUCUUUAUGGAAACUGAGAAGUGCAUCCUGGAAACCAGAACAAAGAAAGGGAAAUGAGCAGCAGAUUACAAAAUAACAAAAGGGAUCUAAGACUUAUUCAACUCUAUUACAAGGCCUGCUUUGGAACAGCAUUCCUAUAGAUUGGCAUCUUGAAGGAGUUUAUCCUGACAGCUAAUGUGUCAGUUCAUCACAUAUUUUAAUUUGGAGCCCUCGCUAGAGAAAGACCCCUGGACCUUCUAGAACAGUAGGUUUGGGAAGGGACCAUAGGUCAGCAGCAGAGCACAUGCUUUGCAUGCAUAAAGUCCCACAUUCAGUCUGUAGCAUCACCAUUUAAAAGGCACCAAUUCAUCAGGUGAUGUGAAAGGCCUCUGCUGGAGAUCCUGGGGAGCUGCUGUCAAUCAGGGUACAGGGUUAGUUAGACAAAUAGUCAGACCUCUUCUAAGGCCUAGGGAGAGGGCUUCCUAUAACUUGUGGAUACAAGCUUACCAGUCAUUCUGUCAGCUUUACCAUGUAAAGCAACUCAAUCCCUCCUUGUGUACAGGAAGUGUCACGCUCCAGGGGGUGCACUUAGGCAAGAGACUCAGUCCCAGGAGGUAUAAGUCUCUUACCAAAACAGUCACCAAAGACAGCAGGGUUGAAGUUGCAGGAUACUCCAAGGAAGGCAAGGUCAAGAAUGGAGACUCAGUCUAGGUCCAAAACAUGAUUCAGAGGCAAAGUGAGGCAAAAGUCCAAUAUCAAUGUCAUAGGGAGUUGAGGAAUGUACAAUGCAGCAAGGAGAAAGAACCAGAAUCAUGAGCAAGGAUACAAGCAGCCAGAGACCUGUGUUAUUUCCAGCAAGAGGAAAGCUCAAGAGGGAAACAUUCUGGCCUCCCAGACCACACCCUAAGCACAACUGCUGGUAACAAAGGAGUUUCAGGGAUUGCUUACUCACAAGCCACACAACUGCUCUGGGUCCAUAGUUGCACGGUAUGCUCUUCAGCCUGGACCUGGACUCUGUGGCACUGGUGUUUGCAAAGACCAAGGGGUGACUACAUUUCUUCCUCUGACAGCCCCAAGGGCUCUUCAGCAGAUCUCCCACCAGGGCCCCCCUCAAGGGAAUCCUCAACACUAAUUCCAGGAGAUCCUGCCUGCUCCUUAAGCUCUUCAAGGGUGUUAGGUUUGAACAUAAUAUGAAACCCUAGUUUAAAAGUUUUUUAAAAAACUUAAAACAAGCCAUGGUUCUUAAGCCAACAACAAACCACUGGCUUCACAUCAUGGUUUGUUUCUAGAAAACUAACCAGAGUUAAUCUACUGUGCAGGAUUCAGUCGUUCAGACAAUCCACACUUUGGCCAAACAAACCAUAGCUUAGUGCUAUGUGCAAACUAGGCCAAUAUCUAUUAUAAAUUGCCAUAGGAGAGUGCAAAACACAUUAUUUGCAGCAGAAAAGUAAGGGUCUUCAUUUUUCACUCAUUUUCAUGUACAAUCCACCAGUGUGGAGACAAUAUCUGCUUUGGAAGUCUAACUAUUCCUGUUUAAUGUUAAUCUGCAGGCUAUGUUAGGCGGAUUUAUAUGUGCAAACUUUUUAUGGGAGGAAAUUUUCUGGGAAUGUUUAAGUAAAAGUCUCUCUGCUUUUUGCUUCCUUAACAGAAAUAUAAUCUGAAACGAAUCGUCUCACAAAUCCUUCCUGGAAACAUCAAGCUAGCAAGGACAGCUGUAAUUUUGGUCAAAGUGAGGAGACCAAAGCAAUAACAUAUAUAUUGCAUCCAGUGGAAGGCAUUAAAAGUAUAUUGUACUACAGUACUCCUAGUUCUAACGCUUUGGGUGUUGUUUCUUGUUGGUACUAGGUGUUUCCUUUGCAAAACAAGCUGUCCCCUAUUAAUGAAAAUAAGCAUC